AUUUGAAUAUUCCCCAUCCAACUUCUAGAACUUUCCUUCUUUCCAGUAUAUAAAUCUGUCGGAUCUACUGGUCUGCACUGGGUCAGCACCGAAGACAAGACUGAAGACAAGACUGAAGACAAGAAGAGCUCCUGAGAAGCUUUGCGAGGUAAGGACCUCCAGAAACUAUGCCUUGAUUCUUCUCAGAAUGAUAGGAAGGCCUUUUCUACUUUGCUUUGUUUGCUUUUAAUGCUUCUGCAUGCAGGACCAGGACCUGUAGAUAUCUGUAGAUACAUAUUACUGUACAUUUUCUGCUUGAUUUUAUAUUUUAAAAGUGGUUUCAUGUUGUUUUCAAGUGGGUGGGUAACUUUUUUUAGUGCAGAAGACAAAAUUCCAAGCAGAAUAGGUUGAAAAGGAUAGGGAUGUGCUUUAACUAGACACAAAUAACGGUCCAUCAAUAGAAACAAGCCAAUUAAAUGAUCUCUGUGAUGCAUGCUUACAUCAGUGUGUUUCUUACUUCAGAUUUGUGCAACUCAAAACCAUGUAUGAUAAAAAGAAUGAUAUGAUCUGUAUUAAAUCUGUAUAUUUAUUCUGCUAUAGUUUGGUUUAGGGAGUGUCUUCAUGUUGUUAUGUGAGUUGGGUGAUUUUUUUUUUUUUACAGCAUAUAAAAAUCACUAUUAGUAUAAAAAAAAAACAGUUUUAAUUUUUUUUGUGAAGCAUGCUUACAUGAGCUCAUAAAAACUUAAAAAGAAAUUUUAGUUUGGGUGUUAGAGCAGAGAAAACAAUCUUAGAAUAACUAGUUACUUAGAAUAAGGGUGGGGAUGUGCUAAAAGUGGACACAGAUAUGGGUCCUAGGUUCCUGUGAUGCAUGAUUAUAUAAAUGUUUGAUUUUUUUUUUAAGUGUAAAAGCCCUUUUUGUUAAAAAUGAUACGUUUUAUAGAGCAGAGAAAAAAAAUAGACAACAUUUAAACAUAGGGAUAUACAGAUAAAGGUCCAUCAUGAGAAAACAAGUUUUUUUUUUUCAUAACUGUGAUGCAUGCUUACAUCAGUAGGGAGCACAAAUUUGUAAGAUUUAUACAAAAAAAAAAUUGAAAUGUUUAAAAAAUAAACUUCCUGUAUUUUAAAAAGCCUAUGAUUUUUUGAAAAGGAACUACCAGAUAUUGGUGUUAAAAAUAAAGUGUUAGGAGUAAAUUAGGAAGAUAUCCUUAAACUGGACCUUGAUAACGGUCCAUCAAUUUUCUUUUGUGUUAUGCAUGCUUACAUCAAUAGGCAGCACAGAUUUGUGUCGUUUAUGCACAAACAGCAUGUUGAAAAAUCUUUUAAAAAACGGGAUUGGCUCCUUUUUGUGAAGUGGGACGUUAAAAUGUUAAAAAUGAUAUAAGCUGAAGUUGUAUUGAAAAGGAACUUCUAUGUAGGGAGUGGUUCCCUGUUGCCAUUAAAAUCACAAGGCUUCCUCUGGAAUUCUCAAACUCUUCCACUAUGGCGUCUCUGAUUGGUCAGAAGUUUUUGUCCCCCCCACCCCCCCAAAGGCUUUCUACACAAUAGCCAAUAGGAAAGGCCAAUCUGACAUUUUAAGCAUUUCCCCCGAUUCAGACUGCCUUGCUUUGAAAGGCAAAUCAAGAAUAAAGUGGAAGUCGGUGAUUUAAUGGCAAUUUAGCAUCUGAAAAGCAUUACCUGUACUAUUUUACAAACUUUUUGUUCUGUAGAUCACCCAAAUGCACCUCUUGUCUUUCAGAAUGAAAAUCACAAUCGUUGACAACACUAUGAAAACCUUUCAAGACUUCCUUUACAGCUCAAACUCAAAGCAAGGAUGUGGGUGAGCAAGAUCGCAGCUCUGUGCCUUUUGGCCGUGGCCUCCUGCGCUGAGGUGAAGGAUGCGAAGAAGCUUAGCACCCAUGCGACGUCCCUGGCAGACACCAGCGCCAACCUGGCCUUCAACCUCUACCACAACCUAGCCAAAGAGACCAGCCAAGACAACAUCCUGGUUUCCCCGGUGGUGGUGGCCUCCUCCAUGGGUCUGGUGGCCCUCGGAGGAAAGUCGUCCACUUCCUCGCAGGUCAAAACCGUCCUGAAGGCCGACGCCCUGAAAGACGAGCACCUGCACACGGGUUUGUCCGAGCUUCUGAGCGAGGUCAGCGACCCGGCUGCUCGUAACGUCACCUGGAAGAUCAACAACAGGCUGUAUGGCCCCAGUUCUGUCAGCUUCGCAGAUGAGUUCGUGAAGAGCAGCAAGAAACAUUAUAACUACGAGCACUCCAAGAUCAACUUCCGUGAUAAGAGAAGCGCCAUCAACUCCAUCAAUGAGUGGGCUGCCAAGUCUACCGAUGGCAAGCUUCCAGAGAUUACCAAGGAUGUGAAGAACACAGAUGGUGCCAUGAUCAUCAAUGCCAUGUUCUUUAAACCUCACUGGGACGAGAAGUUCCACCACAAGAUGGUCGACAACCGUGCAUUCCUCGUGACCCGCUCUUACACAGUAUCUGUCCCAAUGAUGCACCGUACAGGUCUCUACCCCUUCCAUGAGGACACAGAGAACAGGCUGUUUGUGCUCAACAUGCCUCUGGCCCACAAGAAGUCCAGCGUGAUCUUCAUCAUGCCCUACCACGUAGAGCCCCUGGAGAGGCUGGAGAAGCUUCUGACCCGCCAGCAGCUGGACAAGUGGAUCAGCAAGAUGGAGGAAAGAGCCGUGGCUGUUUCUCUGCCUAAAGUCAGCAUGGAAGUCAGCCAUGAUCUGCAGAAACAUCUUGGAGAACUCGGCCUUACUGAGGUGGUGGACAAGUCCAAAGCAGAUCUGUCCAACAUCUCUGGCAAGAAAGAUCUCUACCUCUCCAAUGUCUUCCAUGCGUCCGCCUGGGAAUGGGACACCGAGGGCAACCCCUUCGACACCAGCAUCUUCGGCUCGGACAAGCUGAGGAACCCCAAGCUCUUCUACGCCGACCAUCCGUUCAUCUUCGUGGUGAAGGACAACCAGACCAACUCCAUCCUGUAUAUUGGGAGACUGGUGAAGCCCAAGGGAGAUAAGAUGAGAGAUGAAUUAUAGUGAUGGGUAGAUACUGUAAAAGAUUAGCCUUUUUUAAAUUUUGUGAUUAUGUUUUUGAUGAUGAUCUGUUUUUAAGGAUAAUAUGAAUUUUCUAUGGUGGGACUGUUACCUCAGGAUGAGCACAUUGAACUUUGUGUAUGUGUGUAUGUGUGUGUGUUGAAUAUGAACUAAUGUUUACUUCACAGCUAGGAACUGUUACUUUCCUCCCUACAAAAAGCAUACAGUCGUGCAAAGGAAUUCCACUAGUGAGAGGAUAAAGAUACAGAUACACUACAAAGACAUUCAUCCAGAUGUUUGACCAGAUGUUAAAGUUUUUGUGCCUUAUUUUGAUAUUUCUCUUAAGAGAAAUAUUAUUAUAUAUAUAUUUAGCAUCUGUCAAAAUAGAUGCCAUAACUUA